AUGGCUUCGUCGUCAACGUGGGCACAGUACGUGAUCACUUGUGAACUUUGUGAAAAUCCUACUCAACUAUUCUGUAACGACUGCCAAGUCAGUUUAUGUGGGGGCUGUAUUUAUAAACAUGUAGAUAAUCUGAAGUCUCAAACACAUGACAUGGUUUCUUUCACGGACAGGGAGGAACGGCUAGUGUUCCCAUUAUGUGCCUCACAUCCAAAACAAAGAUGUGAGGGACAAUGCCAACAGUGUAAUGUCCCUGUCUGCUUCAAAUGUCUCACAGCUUAUCACAGCGGCCAUACUGUCGUGGACAUGGCAGAUAUUAUAAAACAGAGCAAAGAAAUAAUCGAGAAAGAAACGGGGGAAAUUGAAACUUUUAUGUCAAAAUUUAACCUAGGUGAAGCAAAAAUGGAUCAAAGGAUAUCCAAGCUGUUAGAACAAUUUGAAAAUUUGGAGAGAGAGGGAGAAAAUCUGAGAAAAACCUGGCACGAAGAAGUGGACAACAUUUUCAACACGCUACAAUCAACCAUUAGGACAAUGAAAGAUAACAGACUCAAAGCUCUCAAAUCGCACCAGUCCUUGCUCAAGAAUUCAGGAACAAAAUUAGCACUUAUAAUGAAAGAAAACAAGAAUAUCCUGAAAUCGAAUAAAGUAACUGAUGUUACAAGUUACAAAUCACAAGUGAAGGAAUUCAUGGAGAUUCAUACAGAUGUUGAUGUAACGAUUCCUUCCUUGAAAAGCCAAACAGUCAAGGGGAGCGAUCUUAGCCUAGAGUUAGCAGAAUACAAGGCUACAUUGAGACAGACAUCUUUAUCCAAUCUGACCGAUGAAGAGUCUUUUUUAUUUGUAAAACAAAUAUUGGAAAAUGUUGAAGUGAUUGCUAGCAUUCCAUCUGAAAUGAAACCGUUAGGUUCAGUUAUCUGUGUUGAAACCAAUGAAGCUUGGGUUUGUAGUUCAGAUAAAACCCUUAAACGUAUUGACAUACAUGGGUCGGUAAAGGACAUGAUCACUGCAGCAUGUGAAACUUUUCCUAAUGACAUUUCAGUGACCAGAGAGGGAGAACUUAUAUACAGUGAUGCCAACAGCAGAACAGUAAACAUUUUCAGACAGGGGAGGAUAGAGACACUGUUCACUUUACCUGAGGGAUGGCAUGCAUGGGGACUGUGUUGUACCAGAUCAGGAGACAUACUAGUCAGUAUGUGUACUCGAGAUCAAAGUCAUUACAAAAUUGUCCGCUUUCAGGGACAGACGGCAACACAAGAAAUCUAUAAAGAUGAACAUGAACAACAAAUUUUUAGAGGCGGGAAAAUAGGAGUUAAUGUGGGGGAGAAUAAUAAUGAGGAUAUUUGUGCCUCUGAUAGCGACGCCAACACAGUGAUAGUGGUCGAUAAGACAGGAAGAGUCCGAUUCCGAUAUGACGGUACACCAGCCAGGAGGAAUAGACAAUUCCAACCUAUGCACAUUGUGACAGACGCUCUGAGUCAGAUCAUUAUAAAUGAUAUUAAUAAUGACUGUCUUCAUAUCUUAGAUCAGAACGGACAGCUUUUAAAAUGUGUUGACAACUGUAGUCUUGAGAGACCCUGUGGACUGAGUGUGGAUAGUGAAGGAAGGUUAUGGGUAGGGUCAUACUAUACAGGUAUUGUAAAAGUCAUCCAGUAUAUGGAAUAA